AUCUCUAAGGAUUCCGUUCUCUUCCUCUUCCAGGAGCGACAGCUCUUUCAACUUCUUCGUCUUCUUCUUCAUCUUCUUCGCGCAGGAUGUGGUGUAUGUCCUCCAGUGCAUCGGCAUCCCGGGCUGGGGAUUCAGUGGCUGGAUCGUGAGUCUCUCGGCGCUGAAGCAGAAUACCGCCGUGGCUGUUCUCAUGAUGCUGGUGGCCACGCAAUUCACCGCCGUGGCGGUGUUGGGCGUCGUCAUGCUGAAGCGGAUCCACUCUCUCUACCGCCGCACCGGAGCCAGCUUUCAGAAGGCGCAGGAGGAGUUCGCCGCUGGCGUUUUCUCGAACCCCACCGUGCGGUCGGCCGCCGCCAACGCAGCCACCGGAGCGGCCAGCAGCGCCUUCCGAGCCCCGUAGACACCGGGGGGGGGGGCAGAAAUCAGCCGGCCGCUCUUCCCUGCGCCCCCGUCUUGGGUGGGGCAACUUCCGUGGAAACAGAAACUGAGUCGCUCUCGUCGGAGUCCUUCACUGUGCUGAUUAGAACGCUGACCCCCCCCCCCAAUCCCGCCCAGCCCUCUUGGUUUCAGCAUGGGAUCCGCACUGCCCCUCCCCUCUCUGCCUCCCCCCACCCCCGGUCACUCACCUUACGGCAAAAAAAAAUCACCCCUGUUCUUUCCUGACCCUACAGCCGAAGACACAGAAGGGUCAGGGAAGCCAUUUUGUCUUUCCAGGCGUUUGUUUUUUAUUUAUUUACAAAAUGUGCUCCCCGCCUUUCUUCCCCCCCCCCCCAAGGGCUUCUGAAGCAGCAGACGAAUUAAAACAUAUGCAAAAAAAAUCAAAGCAUGGCAGGUGAUCGAGGCUUGCACGGACUCGCGCCCCCCCCCCUUUCAACCAAGGUUGGGCGAGGGGGAGCAGCCGGGAUCUUAUCCCCCACCCCAGCUCCCCCAACACCCCAGUUCAGCAGUUGCCUUCCAGCAGUAGCCAACGGCGGUUGACAAGCCGCUCCCACAAUCCUCUUGGGGUGACGUCUCCUCCCCUCCUCCCCGCAAGACCCGCCGUCCCCUGCGUAGUUGUCCAGUGGGCUGAAAUUUAGCUGGCGCUUCUUGUUUUCUGCACGGCCCUGCAGAGAUGGGGGAAGAGAACCCCCUUCUGUGACGCACAUUUGUCGUACAGCCGUUCCGGGCGCUGGCAGGAAGGGCGUCCGCCUCACUUCCUGCGCCGGAGCUAUUUUGCACGGCUUGCUAGACUCUUUGUGAAAGGGAGGGGGGUUGCGUUGGCUGGGUGGUUCCGAUUCCUCGUGAAUUGUGCCAUAUCUGGGACUUCUGUCUCUGCUCCCCUUCCCCGUUGAUCUCCCACACCCAGGUGUGCAGCACUGUCAGCGACCACCAGGGGGCAGUAUUGGUCAGUGGAGCCCACCUGAAUCAGCGCACCUGGCACCGUGCUAUGAACUUUGUAUGCAACAUCCGCCUCCCAGGCAUUUAUCUCUGGUCUGUCCUUUUCUGCCCUAAACUUUCGGCGUUGCUUUGGGGCGACUGGACUCUCCGCCUCUGCUCUGUGUGGCCCCUUCCCUUUUGUGCAUCCCUCCCAGAUGCUUAACUUUCGUCCCUCACGCUGUACCGUCAUCCGCAGAGUCUUCCGUUUCGUUCAAGGGGGCUUGUUGUUAGCUGAGACCCCAGCCUCAUUUCUCUCUCCCCACCCCCCCAAUACUAACA